AUGGGUGGAUGUCGAUGUACAUAUCGAAAUUGUACUGUGAAAUCAGAUGGAAAAACGCAUAUGUUUCAUUAUCCUGUAUUUGAAAAAGUCAGAUGCCAUCAGUGGCUUGUUAACGCUCAAAGGCUGGAUUUUUUAAACUUAAAAGUAUCACAGUUAAAGAACCGAGUGGUCUGUCAGCAUCAUUUUAAAGAGGAAAAUUUUAUGAAUUACAAGAAAGACAAACUCACAUUUGAUGCUAUACCAACUGAAAAUGGACCUUUUUGUGAUCCCAGCAAAUUUGAAGAUCAAUCAAAAGAUUUUCUUAAAGCUUAUCCAAAUCUUAUACUUUUAGAAGAUAUAGAAAAUGAAGUGAUUUUCAAUGAUAAAAAGGCAAAUUAUUCUUUAAAGUAUGGGGAUUUUUUAACUAAUGGAGAGCUUAUGGAUUCUUCAUCGAGACAUAAUUAUGAUAUAAGUCUUACAAGAGGAAAUACUAUGAAAAAUGAGCGAAUUAUUAAUAAUGAACAUCAUCUUAGUAAAACAGACAUAUUUAAACCACGCUUUACCAGGUUGUCUUUACCUACAAAAAAUAUCAAUAAAAGUCCACCUCAACCUACACUCAUAGUCCCGCCUUACACUGACUUAAGUAGUCAACUAAAAGCAGGUAAUGAAAUUAAUCAGGAUUUAGGUAUAAUAAACACUGUUCAGACAAAUGUACUACCUAAUAAUAGUUUUCAGAGUAAUGUUCUACUAAAUACAGUUGCUAAUAAUAGUGUAAUAAAAAAAGAACCUAAAAUUAAAAUAUUGUCUGAGAAAAAAAUUAAAAUACAAGGUCCAUUACCCAUUAUAGGCCAACUUAAAAAGGUGUCACCAUCAACAACCUUGAACUUACCUGAUAAAUCAAAUCUUGCACUAAAUAUGAAAGAACCUGUAAAUAUAGUAAGCAUUGAAGAACCUAUACAUCCAGUGAAAAUUGAUGCACCUUUAGAAGCAUCCAAAAAAACAAAUAAUAAACCAUCAAAAAAAUUAAAAGUUCUAGAAGUUUUAGAUAUAGAGGUUGAUAGCCCUAAAACAAAUAAAAAGGAUGAUGAGAAUGGUCAGAUUAAAAAUGAAGAUAAAGAAGAUAAAUCUCUACAUACACCACUAAAAUCGCAAAAAAUAAAGACAAAAAUCACACCUGAAAGGAGUGCUGCUAUUGAAGAAAAGAGAAAAUUUAAUAUGAGAAUGAAAGAUAUACUAGAGUCUUGUUUAGAUAAUUUAGAUGAUCCUGUGAAAAGUAAAGAAACAUCACUUAUAAAAGCUCCUAAAAAACCAACUGUUAAUGAUAAAAAUAGUGUUGUCAGUACUCAUCUAGCUAAAGAUCAAAAUUUACCAAAUGUUCAGGACUAUACACUUGCAUUUUUAGAUGACAGAAUGAAAAAAAUGGAAAAAACAUUGUUAAAUAAAAUAGAACAAAAUUCGCAUAGAAUCAUGGAAAUAAAAGAUUCAUUAAAUAAAUCAAGAAAAAAAGAGUCCAAUGGGAAGAGAUAUGCUUAUAUAAAAACAGGUGGUAAAAGGGCGUUGGACGCGGCGAAGGCAGGGCGCACGUGCGUCGUGUUCACGCACCGCCUGAGCACGGCCCGCAACGACGCCGACGUCAUCUGCGUGCUCAGCGACGGCCGCGUCGCCGAGAGCGGUAUACACUCACAACUAGUACAAUUAAGAGGACUCUAUUGUAAUUUGCUUGCGAAAGGACUA